CACAAGCUUCUGUCAUGGCAAUCUUACUCACCAUAAGACUCUGGGUUUUGGCAGUAGCUCUUAGCUGUGUCUUUGUUCUUUAUGGCAACUUAGGGAGGGCAGAUGAGGAAGUGCCUCAAACAGGCGGUGUAGUGUAUGAUCCGGCUCAAAUUACUGCCAAAGCAUUGCUAUGUUUCAAUAAUAAAUAUAUUUACAGUAGCUGUGAAGAAUCCUAUAGAUUGUCUCAGAGAGGAAACCUCAAUGUGCCUCUUCAAAGUACUGAUGAAUACUGUGGCGGGCCAUGCCUGACUGAGACAAACCUAGUGCUAGACUGCAUUGACAACAUCUUCACUAACUUUCUGUUUUAUAACAAGGCCACUAUACAGGAUGUUAGGGAUACGAUUGCGGCAGCCUGUGGCCACGGCCCGGAAAGAGGUAACUUUGAUGUAGCUGAGCACAUUCAAGCUGAAGAAAGCAAUGCACACAAGGCUGUAAAUCAUUUUCUCUUUGGGCUUGGAUUGAUGAUUAUGGGACAUGGUUUACUGAUUUAAUAUGUGUAUUAAUAUGAAUCACUUUCAUGGGCUAUGGUUAUGGCUUUGAUAUGUAUACUAAUAUGAAUAGUGUUAUAGAUCAUGACCAGUUCUUGCUUUAUAAUCCGAAAAGACUGU